CCUGAGUCACGGUGAUCGCCCGGACUCAAAAUGGCGCUCGCCAGUCUGCUGGAGCCGCAGAUGCCCGUGAACAAGCCUGGCUUCUUCGGCCUGGGAGCCGGGACCGAGUUUCGGCUGCCCGCGCUCGGCGCUUGCCGUGGGGGCGGGCACGAGGCGGGGGGUCCGGCGGAGGGCCCCCCGCUGGCGUUGGCCGCCCCUGGCCCCGGCCUGAGCCGGUGCGCCGCUGCGGGGGCCGCCGACCUCGAGCUGCAGCACGGCACGACCACGUUGGCCUUCAAGUUUCAGCAUGGUGUGAUUGUCGCAGCGGAUUCACGGUCCUCCGCAGGUGUCUACAUCGCUUCACAGACCGUCAAGAAGAUCAUCGAGAUCAAUCCCUACUUGCUGGGCACCAUGGCCGGCGGUGCAGCCGACUGCAGCUUCUGGGAACGGCUGCUGGCACGGCAGUGCCGUAUCUAUGAACUCCGCAACAAGGAGCGCAUCUCUGUAGCUGCUGCCUCCAAGCUCUUGGCCAACAUGGUGUACCAGUACAAGGGCAUGGGGCUCUCCAUGGGCACCAUGAUUUGUGGCUGGGACAAGCGAGGGCCAGGUCUGUACUAUGUGGACAGUGAAGGGAACCGCAUCUCGGGCACGGUUUUCUCUGUGGGCUCCGGGUCUGUCUAUGCCUACGGGGUGAUGGACCGUGGCUAUUCUUACGAUUUAUCGGUUGAGGAAGCCUACGAUCUGGCCCGCCGUGCCAUCUACCAAGCGACAUACCGUGAUGCCUACUCCGGAGGCAAUGUCAACCUCUACCACGUACGCCAGGAUGGCUGGAUUUGUGUCUCCAGUGACGAUGUGUCCAAGCUGCGUGAAAUCUACCAGGACACAGCUGCAGGCACAGUGGCUUGAGAUGGUGGACUUUGUGGGGACGAACAUGGUCCUGUGGGAGCUGUGGGCUGUGGGGAGCACAUGAUACUAUCAAGAGAGGAGGGACUGGGUCAGGCAUUAAGCAGAUGGGGGAAGCGUGUCCAGCGGGAUGGUGACGGCCCCACGGCCUGGUCGUUGGGUGGCAGAAUGUUUAUCUCAUGCCUGGGGCCUGCGUUUCCUGUAGCAAAACAUUUUGCUUGUACUGAAUUAAACUUUCACUGUCUGAA